AUGAUUAGCCUGCAUCAGUUAUUUAGGGUGCUUUCUCGUAUUAACUCUGACUCCUCUGCUCCCUUUUACGCAGCGCCUCUUCACUCUCCUAUUUCUGCUAGUGUUGGGGGGCCCCCUAGGGGCCCCCUACUAACUCUAAGCCCUCUAAAGGAAGCAAGGCCUUCUGCUGAACUCAGGAUACUAACAACUACCUGCUCUACUACAGCCCCCCCUCAAGGGGCCCUCAGUCCUGGGCCCUGUGCUCUUGAAGAUUGCCUCUGUGACGAGACAGAGUGCAGCGCUUUCUCCCUCAGCAGCAGCAGCAGCAGCAGUAGCAGCAGCAGCACCCAUGGGCCUCCUGACCCAGAAAAUCAACAUCUUGCUGCUGUCGCCGCUGCUGCAGAGCCGUCAGUUCAUAUGUGCAGCAGCAGCAGCAACAGCAGCAGCAGCGAUAACUCGAGUCUCUCUAUCUUCUCUCCACUAACUGCUGCUGCUGCUUCUUCUAGUACUUGGUCUCCUGUCUGUGCAUGCAACUCUCAAUCUGCACAGUGUCUCCCCACAAAGGGGCUUAAAGCCCCAGAGAGAUUCCUUAAGCAACACGAGCAGCAACAGCUGCUGCAGCAGCAGCCUCCGGCUCUCCGUGCUGCUGACGCUUCUGCUGUUGCUGCUGCUGCUGCUGCUCGAUCGGUUAUAGGGGAAGCCCCUGCGGCUAUUGAAGACAAUACAACCGAAGGAGCCCCCCUUGGGGGCCCCCUUGGGGGCCCCUACCGUUCGACGAGGCGGCAGCGAAGGAAGGCAUGGAGGUCUCCGUGGGAGCGAAGCAGCGGGAGAGCCGCAACGCGCACUGUCUCCUCGCAGCAGCAGCAGCAGCAGCAGCACCAGAUGAAGGGAGAGCGCAUGCAGACCCGUCUAGCAGCAGCCGCAGCAGCAGCAGCAGCAGCAGCAGCAGCCAGCAACAGCACAUCAGCAGCAGGCGCAGAGGAAACUGCGGAGAGUCUCCUCCGCUCAUCUUCGCUUCCCUCUGUCUUUUCCAUGGCUCAUACACCGCAGCCAGCAGCAGCAGCAGCAGCAGCAGCAGAGGGUGGAGAUGGUGUGGCUGAAUAUCUGGGUACGGAGUUUGGCGUCGACGACAGGAGCAGCAGCACGCAUGCAUGUUCUUCUGCUGCAUCUGCAUCUGCAGCAGCAGCAGCAGCUGCUGCUGCUGCUGCUUCCUUGUCUUCAUCUGGGUCUAUGCGUCUCUUAGGGGUUUGCUUCUCGCGGCCUAAAGACGUCUGGAGGGCUCGCAUUACAGUGGAGGGCAAACAAUUUGAACAGCAGUUCUCUGUAAAGAGACACGGAUAUCAUGGUGCCCGCAUCUUAGCAGCACGAUGGAGGGCUAGGAUGGAGCAAGCGAGAAUAGUCAGACCGCCUACACCCCAAUAA